AUGGAAGAUUUAGGAGUAAUCAAUGUUCUAUUAAUAUCAUUAAUAAUAUUUACAGAAUUAAAAAAAAAAGUUUUUAUUUUUUGUCAUUUUACAUAUAUAUGGAUAUUUUUAACUCUCCUGUGCAACUUACUUAUUUCUUUUUAUGUAUAUUACAAUAGAAAGAAUAAAAAAAAAAGAAAAUUCAAAGGCACUUUCAACUAUUAUCUAACCAUAGGAUCAUUUUAUAAAUAUGAAAAGCUCACCAAUUUAUCUAAAAAAAACAGUCAUAAUUUUAUUAAUUUAUAUCAAAAGGGUGCUAUUAGUAUUUUUCAAUUAUUUUAUUACACAUAUUUAAAUAACAUCUUCCCUUUUUUUUUCUUCCCAUUUUUUUCAACACUUUUGAUUCUUAAAUACAAAAUCUUGACUUCUGAAGUUGCGAUAUUAUCUAUAAUAUAUGUAAAUAAGUUUGUACUUUCAAGUAUUUUCCUAAGAUAUGUUAAAAUUAAUAUCCUAACUUAUAUUGCAUAUAACUCAUCUUUUUUCUUUGUAAUUUUAAACUUAGUUAAAAUUAAUGAAAAAUUAAUAAUUAUAUUCCUUUUUUUCGUUCUGAAUUUUACGUUCUACCAUCUAUUGUUGAUGGCAUCCUUUCUCUUAACAAAUAGAGUAUUUUCAUUCUUAGAAGGGUUACUACUAAGUGCUAUUGGAACUUUAAUUCUUGAUUGUUCUUUUUAUAGUCAUCUUUUUUAUUAUUUAAAUAAUAAAAUAAUUCCAAACAUUUUAUUUAUAUUUUUUAGUAAAAUUAUUAUCAGUUUGGUUAUAUAUGGAAUAUGUUGUAUAUAUUGUUUACAAAAAAAAAUAAAAAAAGGAAAACUUUUUAUAUUAUCAUCAUUAUUCUUUUCAUAUAAUAUAUUGAAUCUUUUUUCAAAUAAAUAUGAUUCUGUAGAUAAAAAAAAUGAAAAAGUAUUUUAUGUUAUAAUAAAUAUAAUAAGAAAAAAAAAUAAUUAUCUCCUAAUUUUAUUAUGGCUUAUUAUAACUAUACUAUAUUUAAUUUAUAUUUACAACUUAUCAAAAAAAAAUAAAAAUCUCCCUUAUAUUAGAAAACAUUAUCAUUUUCUUCUUUUUAUAAAUGUCUAUUUAUCAUUUAUAACCAAAAAAAUUGAAUUAUUAAUAAUAUCUCUUUCUUUUGUAUUUUUAUUAUUUAUUUUAAUUGAAAUUAUAAGAAAAAUUUCUGAAGAUCUAUUUCCUUUAUCUAAUAUAAUAAAAAAAAUCAUUACCAGAUAUAUAGAUGAAAGAGACAAAAAAGGAUUAGUUCUUACUCAUAUUUAUCUUUUGUCUGGUGUAUAUAUACCAAUAAUCAUAGAUGCAAUAUUUAAUGACAAAAAUUAUGUUCACAAAAAAAAUCAAAUAACUUAUAAUUUUAGAGAAAGUAAUUUAAUUUUAUAUAGCAUUGGAUUAAACACAUUAUGCAUAGGAGACUCAUUUGCUGCAAUAGGGGGAUUACUAUACCCAAAACCAAAAAUAAAGAAUACAAACAAUAAAUCUUAUGCUGGUUUUCUGUUUUUUUUCUUCAGUACUUUUUUCUCGUUAAUCAUUUUCGAAUAUUUUUUUGAAAACAAAUAUUUAUUAAAUUUAAAUGUUUUUUUUAUCAUAUCUAUAUUCGGUGCCUUGUUUGAAGCAUACCUUAAUGAUAUAGAUAAUUUAUUGUUACCUAUGUUUACUUUUAGUGUUUACUUGAGUUUUGAGAAUUAA